AAGAAAAUGGCGUAACUCAGUUUCCCAUUAUAGACUCAAAGCAAAGGACGGACGAAUCUUUCAGAAAUCAAGAGCAGCCUGGUCAUCAUAAAAGAAGAUCUCCUCUUUUAAAUAGCAAUGUCGGAUUUAAUAUUAACGUGUAAGCCUUUUCAAUUAGUCCACUUUACUUCGUCCGGUAAAAGUCGGAUAACUCGAACAGUAGAUAUAACAUUACUGAAAUGGAUUAAUUUUGAUAACAAAAAAAAGCAGUUUUUAACAAAGUAUAUGCCCCCUCCGUACAAUGAGGAAACUAAUAAAUUGUUGUACGAUUUAAUACAAAAUAAUGAAGAUGCACUUGACAGAAAUUGGCCAGAGUAUGUUGUUAAAAUUGUUGGUCAUGCAGAUACAUAUGAACAAGCUGUCAUGGGAUUAAACGAACUCAAGAUUAAGGAAUUCGCAUAUACAGAAACGGAAGUAAACCCCGAGAAAAGGGCAAAAUUAGCAGCAAGUAAAAUUAAACAACAGUUGAUGUCUUUGCCAGAUUUAAACAGUAUUAUGAAUGUUUCCACAAUUGGAGAACCCCAGCCUGGUAUUUCAGGAGUUAAAUCAAAAAAUGUAUCGAAUUCUAAACAAUACAGAAACUCUACGACUUUUUCAGACAAAACAGCAGUAUACUACGAUUCUCAAAAUAGUGACAAUUCUCUUUCCAAAGUUAGCAGCAAAAGGAAUAAGGCAAAAAAAAAUUCUAAUGCUCAGCGCAAUAAUAUAGUCAGUCAGACGUCAGACGUCAAUCGUCUGAAAAAUAAUAUAGUAGAUUCUGAUUCGUCAGAAAAUCAUGAUCCUGUUCCCAAAAAAAGAAGAAGGAAGAUGCUAAAAAAUAAUUCUAAAACUCAAAGAAAUCCAACACGUGAAUAUUCUGACGAGGAUGUCUCGACAGAAGAUCUACACGGAAAAACCUUUGAGAAGUCUGCCUUCCCACUGUCACAAAAUUUCGCUUCUCACUGCAUGGAAAGUCUGAUCGCCCGCCACUGGGUGCGUAGCAUUACCGUUUUCGAUAGACAAACUUCCCAAAAAGUUUAGAAAAUUACAACUGGGUACGUUGCAACGUACCCAGUUGUAAUUUUGACUGACUUGACACUGGGUGACCAUGGUCACCCAGUUUGGGAGUGCAGAUGAACAAGUUUAGUGGUGGCGCUGACGCAUAAGUUUCGGGUGAGCAGACUGCUUAAAGGUUUUUCCGUGUAGACUUUGAGGUUACAGAUGUAAAAAAGAACGUCUUAGGGAAUCCCCGAACUCAGACUCACAGCCUAAUUGAAGAAACACGUGAUAAAAACACAUAUUCACAUAAUGAAAGUCGUAAAUGUGAAAAAAAUUUUUCUGUUGUAAUGCGAGAAAUAAAAUCAUUACGAAUUGAAGUUAAGGACGUAAUGGAUAAUACAAAAUUAUUAAUUGGAAUGAUUGAAAAUCUUGAGAUUCUGAACAUGGCCAACAAAAAAAGUUUCGAGGAAGAAUAUAAAUUAAAUCUGCCUCUGCAAACUUUUGACGACCUUGCAAAUCUUAAUGAGAAACUUGUAAAUGAGGAGUGCAAUAACCAUUUUAAGGCGUCUUUAAAAUUAUCGUUAAAUAAAGAUGUUGGGAUUAGAAAAGUUCUAAAUGCAAUAAUCAAGAAAUAUCUAUCCAGAGAUAUUGCAAUCAAAUUAACUGCAAUAAAGCCAAGUCCUGGCAAAACGAUUUUUAAAAACAUGAAAAUGUGUUCGAGCUUAUUGGAGGUUGCCAUUGCAAAAUUUCAAAUUGAUGAUGAUGAAGUACUCUCUCACCUUGGCGUUAUUUUUAGAAAUUCAAAGGAUUGGGAUGGCCAUCGAAAUCGAAGAAAAAAUGAUAACUAGUUAAUAAUUUUCAAAAUUUAUUAACUAUUUAAUUCUCCUACAGUCAAACCUGUCGGAAUGCAACUCUAAUUUUUAAGCUUUUUAUUUAGAAAAGUCUAACAUGAAUUAUUUUCACUUAGUUUACGAAUAAUAUAAAAAUAUUAUAAAAUUAAAUUAUAAAACAAUUUUUAAGUAUUGUUUACUGUAAUAAAAUUUUAUAAAUUGAGUUGCAUUUCGACAAGUGCCACUGUAAUUUAAUUUUUCGUUUUAUUAAUUAACUUACAAAUAUAUAAAAUCGUUGAUACUUCUUGAAAAGUCAUCCAAGGAUUCGGAUAGACAUUGCGAUAAAAGAAAGAACAAAGAAAUUGAUCAUUACCAUAGAUAAGUUAAUAAUUUUCAAAUGUUGAUCGUUUUAAAAUUUUAAA